AGUCGAUGUUCUUGGGGCGUAAUGUCAAAGAAAUGACUGGAUAACAUAUCAAAUUUAUGGCUCCGAUUGAAGUCUCCAGAAGCCCACUUAGAUCUUCCAAAUUUCUACGCUAAUUUCACUUUCUACUCUUCCAAACACUAUUUUCCCAUCUCCACAGUCCUCACCCCCACCCAACACUCUUCUGGAUUGGGUUCGAAGAGAGAGAAAAUACAGAACUGAAGAAAUUCAUCCUCAUCCAUGGCUUCCAUGACCAAUAAUCCUCUUCUCUCCUCAAGCUUCCUUGGUUAUGGUACCCAAAUCUUUGUCUCUCCUCCAACCCCCAAAACAGCUAAACUCACCCCUUUUCUCUCCAGAAGAAGAAACUUUCAAUCAAUUCUCAACAACAAAAGAAAACCCAAUAAUCUAAACAACAUACCAUCACAAGCCGCUUUAGCUGCCCUGCUCUUCUCUUCAAUCACUCCACAAGCCCUAGCCCUAGCCCUAGACUCCCCCAACUUACCCAAUAAUCCUCCACCUACAAUUCAAGCUGAAAACACAAUACCCAGUUCUUCAAAUUCGUCCCCGUUUUCUCAGAACCUUCUCUUGGCUGCCCCAAAACCCCAAACCCAGACAAUUUCUGACCUCCCAGAGGGUAAUCAAUGGAGGUACAGCGAGUUCUUGAACGCAGUUAAAAAGGGUAAGGUCGAGAGGGUCCGAUUCAGCAAAGACGGAGGUGCCCUCCAACUUACCGCCGUGGACGGCCGGAGAGCCUCCGUGAUUGUCCCCAACGACCCAGAUCUCAUCGACAUUCUGGCAAUGAAUGGUGUUGAUAUUUCGGUUUCUGAGGGUGAAUCUGGAGGUGGGUUGUUCAAUUUCAUUGGGAAUUUGUUGUUUCCAUUCCUUGCUUUUGCCGGACUUUUCUUCCUUUUCCGGCGAGCUCAGGGAGGCCCUGGUGGUUCCGGCGGGCUCGGUGGCCCGAUGGAUUUCGGAAGAUCGAAAUCCAAGUUUCAAGAAGUCCCAGAGACUGGUGUUACAUUUGCUGAUGUUGCUGGUGCUGAUCAAGCCAAAUUGGAAUUACAAGAAGUUGUUGAUUUCUUGAAAAACCCAGAUAAAUAUACAGCUCUUGGAGCUAAGAUUCCAAAAGGGUGUCUUCUUGUUGGACCUCCUGGUACAGGGAAGACCCUUUUGGCUCGAGCAGUGGCCGGAGAAGCUGGAGUUCCAUUCUUUUCGUGUGCGGCAUCAGAAUUUGUUGAGUUGUUUGUGGGCGUUGGAGCUUCGAGAGUUCGCGAUUUGUUCGAAAAGGCGAAAUCGAAAGCGCCUUGCAUUGUGUUUAUUGAUGAGAUUGAUGCAGUGGGGAGGCAGAGAGGGGCUGGGCUUGGAGGUGGGAAUGAUGAGAGAGAACAGACUAUUAAUCAGCUGUUGACGGAGAUGGAUGGGUUUUCGGGGAAUUCGGGUGUGAUUGUGUUGGCUGCGACGAAUCGGCCAGAUGUUCUUGAUUCAGCAUUGUUGAGGCCUGGGAGGUUUGAUAGGCAAGUUACAGUGGACAGGCCAGAUGUUGCUGGGAGAGUCAAGAUCCUCCAGGUGCACUCAAGGGGAAAAGCACUUGCGAAAGACGUGGAUUUUGAGAAGAUUGCAAGGAGAACUCCGGGUUUCACCGGAGCUGAUUUGCAGAAUCUGAUGAACGAAGCAGCCAUUCUGGCAGCCAGGCGUGACCUCAAGGAAAUAAGCAAAGAUGAGAUAUCCGAUGCCCUCGAGAGAAUAAUUGCUGGACCGGAGAAGAAAAAUGCUGUUGUCUCAGAGGAGAAGAAGAGACUUGUUGCUUAUCACGAAGCCGGGCAUGCUUUGGUUGGUGCACUUAUGCCGGAAUAUGAUCCAGUAGCCAAGAUAUCUAUCAUUCCUCGUGGCCAAGCUGGAGGUCUUACCUUCUUUGCUCCUAGCGAAGAGAGGCUCGAGUCUGGACUAUACAGUAGAAGUUACCUGGAGAACCAGAUGGCUGUUGCACUUGGUGGAAGGGUUGCAGAAGAGGUUAUUUUUGGCGAUGAGAAUGUAACAACAGGAGCAUCAAAUGACUUCAUGCAAGUUUCAAGGGUGGCAAGGCAGAUGGUGGAGAGAUUUGGUUUCAGCAAGAAGAUUGGACAGAUUGCCAUUGGAGGACCUGGUGGAAAUCCCUUCUUAGGUCAACAGAUGUCCUCCCAAAAAGAUUAUUCAAUGGCAACUGCAGAUGUGGUAGAUGCAGAGGUAAGGGAACUGGUAGAGAAGGCAUAUUCAAGGGCCAAACAGAUCAUAACAAACCACAUUGACAUCCUCCACAAGCUUGCUCAACUGCUCAUAGAGAAGGAAACUGUAGAUGGUGAAGAGUUUAUGAGUCUCUUCAUUGAUGGCAAGGCUGAACUGUUUGUUGCCUAAUUGCAUACUACCUAAAAUUUGUGUUGUACAAGUGUAACUAGUUUUACACAAUUUAUUUAUCUUAGAUGUAAAACCAAUUGGUGCAAUAUUUGUAAUUAACAAACUAUCUAACAAGUUUCUUGUAUUCUCUAACAA